GAGCUACAAUUAAUUAAUUAAACCAGCUGAUCAUAGGAGGAAGGCCAUGAGCUCACUCCCUUCUUAUACCGCGUAUAUUUAUCUCUGUAUUUGCAAACAGUCGUAGUAUCGUCAGAGACAGACAGCCAGAUCUAGCAAACUGUAUCUCCUCUCUAAUCGGCAAUAUGCCUCAAAUCCACUGCUGCUCGUCCUAAGAUUUACUUGUUGCCUGCCCCUUCUUUUUUGCUUCUUCGUCUUCAUCUUCUCCUUCUCCUUCUUCUUCUUCCUCCCGCUGUUCUUGAUUGGUAGCUAGCCAGCCAGCAAUUAGGCACAUCGGGAGGCGGGCCGGCGACGUCGUCGGGGCCGGAGGAAUGUCGGCACAGAUCGUGCCAGCGCCGGACCAUGUGUGCUACGUGCACUGCAACUUCUGCAACACAAUUCUCGCGGUCAGUGUUCCAAGCAAUAGCAUGCUAAACAUCGUGACCGUCCGCUGUGGCCAUUGCACUAGCCUGCUGUCAGUGAACUUGAGAGGAUUAGUCCAAUCACUUCCUGCAGAAGAUCAUUUACAGGAGAAUUUGAAGAUGCACAAUAUCAGUUUCCGUGAAAACUACUCUGAAUAUGGCUCAUCUUCCAGAUACGGCCGGGUUCCAAUGAUGUUCUCAAAAAAUGACACGGAGCAUAUGCUGCACGUGCGACCACCAGAGAAGAGGCAGCGGGUUCCUUCAGCUUAUAACAGAUUUAUCAAGGAAGAAAUCCGGAGGAUAAAAGCGAACAAUCCUGACAUAAGCCACAGAGAGGCCUUCAGUACAGCAGCAAAGAAUUGGGCACAUUUCCCCAACAUCCAUUUCGGUCUGGGCCCCCACGAGAGCAGCAAGAAGCUCGACGAGGCCAUUGCAGCUCCAGGUCCCCAGAAAGUUCAGAGGCUGUACUGAGACUACAUAUAUAUGAUCGAUCACCCUAGCUACGUGCUUUGAUUUCGAGUUGUAAGUAACUUAA